AUUUUUCUCCUCCUCAAAGAGCACAUGUUCUAAAUAUUGACUCGAUCCAAACUCGAUCCGUAUUAUUCCGCUUGGAAUCCGCAUCAGUUUUUUCCGUGAGUUCUGUGACGUGCAAACCAAUCGCUCCAGUGUCUCUCUUUCUCAUCAUGACCCACGUCCAGGUCAACAACAACGUUACCAUCGGCAUACUAGCUCUUCAAGGAGCCUUUGCAGAACAUCAGACUGCCCUGCAAAAGCUCUCAUGCCAGAAGAAAAUAUUGGUUGUUCUUGUUCGGACUGCAGAAGAUCUUUCAGCAUGUGAUGCUCUGAUAAUCCCCGGAGGGGAGUCCACCACAAUUGCAUUCCUCGCCAAGCUCUCUGGGCUUUUAGAACCUUUACGGACGUUUCUGCAGAAGAAGCCCGUGUGGGGAACUUGUGCCGGGGCGAUUCUUCUUGCACAGGCAGUCGAGAACACCAAAAGAGGUGGUCAAGAACUUUUCGGUGGAAUAUCAGUCACCAUAGCUCGGAAUGGUUGGGGUUCACAAGUCGAGUCUUUCGAGGCACCUCUCUCAAUAGACGGUCUACUGGAUCCAAGCACUCCUUUUAUGGGUGUAUUCAUUCGUGCUCCUGUUGUCUUAGCCUUACAUCCAUCCACCGAGAACCCACCAAUAGAAGUCAUCGCUCGCUUACCGAUCAACCUUGUGCCAAAGUCACAGAAGCUGACAUUACAUGACGAAGGCGACUCCAGUCCACACGAUUCACAAAGUAUCGUUGCAUUACGGCAGGGACGACAUAUGCUCACCACAUUUCACCCGGAGCUCACAAAAGACAGUCGUUUUCAUGAGUAUUUUGUGCGGACUUGUGUUGUGCCUACCCUUCUGUGAAGCUGUGUAUUAUGACACUGCCGCUCACCGCUGUCAUGGGUUGAUAUGCAAUAGACUGGGCCUCAUAAGGUCCUUAAUUGGCGAUAUAGCGACGUUGGAAGCACACACUUGUUCUGAGGACAGCCAACAGAGAAAAUACAAGCGAGAGCUGCAAGGGGCCCAAAUAAAUUUACACGGCGUGUUACUCUCGCGAUGAGCUUGACAAAAGCUUUUGACUAGUCAUUAACGUUUAACAUCCAAGGCACAGUAGCACUACUAUGAGGAAAUGACGAGAAUGGCACAGAAUCUCUUGUA